AUGUUUGAAGGAAUCCUGGAAAAGUUACUCAAUACUUAUCUUGGAAAGUACAUUGAGGGGCUAAACAAGGAGAGUCUUAGCGUUGGAGUCUGGAAAGGAGAUAUCAACUUGCAGAAUGUUAAGGUCAGGUCAGACGCGCUUGAUGAAUUCAAGUUGCCAUUUAAACUUAUCUACGGAGAGGUCGGGAAAUUACAGGUCAAAGUACCAUGGAGAAGCCUCUCCUCACAACCUGUUAUAGUUGUACUAGAGUCUCUGUAUCUCAUAAUCACUCCUCAAAUGAAAUAAGGAAUGGGAAAUCAUUGACUUCAAUAAUUAUGAAGAUAAACUCAGGAAACUAGUAACAUUUGGAGAAUCAAUCCAAGAUAAAAUCAAGAAUGAAAAGUCUGAUGAUGAUAAUGGAUAUUUCAGUAAAUUAUCAACAAAGAUAUUGGACAAUAUUCAAAUCACCGUAAAGAAUAUCCACAUCAGAUUUGAGGAUAGCAUAAAUGCUUCCAGGCCUUACUCCUUUGGGUUUACUUUAAAAGAGCUCUCUGCUCAAACCUGUAAUCAACAAUGGGAGUACGAGUAUUACGACCGAACAGAUAAUAAAAACAAGGAUAUGCCCGUUUUUAAACUUCUUCUGAUAGAAAAGUUUGCAUUCUAUUGGGAAGCUAAUGAAGAAGGACUUGCAUCUGAGGAAUGAAAUGAACAAAGUGACAUGCAUGAUUUCAUGGAAGUCUUAUUCCCAAUAGAUAGCACUCAUAUCGAGGAUUAUAAUUACAUCAUUGAGCCCAUCUGCCUCAAAGGGAAGUUAAAACAGAUUUCAAAAAUUAAGAAUGAAGAGGAUGCUAAAUUCAGUGUUAAUAUUGAAGUAGAUAAUUUCUCUGUGAAGCUGCAGAAGUACCAAUACGACAGCAUCUGCAAACUGGCAGAAGUAGUGGGAGAGUACAGUAAAUUCCAAAUGCUUGCUAAUUCAACCAAAAAGUUUAAAUUCCUCAGACCAAUCAGGGGUAUCAACUCUUUUAAGCGAGAAAAUGUCUUGCACGACACCGAAAUAAUGAACGAGAAUGCAGUAAUGUGGUGGAAAUAUGCCAUAAAAUCUGUGAUCAAACAACAAAGAGAGAAGAGAGGGUCUAUGUAUGAAUUCAGAAUCCCAAAAUCUAAGAAGAGAGAGUACGAAGUCAACUUCAUUAAUCAAUUCCAACUCUAUCUAAAAUAAUGAAGAUUACGAUCAAGAUAUGCUCCAUCAUAUUAUUGUUGCAGUCGAUCGAGUUGAUCUUGAGAGAUGGGUCACUGUCAUCACAAAGAUGAGGAUCGAUGAUGAAGAGCAUCAGAAAAAUGAAGCAGGCUGGUUUGGAUUUUUUAAACAGAAAAACGAAGAAAAUAAGAAUGACGUACUUUCUUCAGAAGAGAUUGAUAACAUGUAUCAAAAACUUACAGAUAAAUUUCUUGAAAAUGAAGAUAAGGAAGAGAUUAAGGAUCCUUCAGAAAUUAAAAAUAUAGAGCUAAGCGUUCUAGUAAAGAAAGGAGGCCUCAAUUUGAUCUAUAAUGCAGUUGAUAUCGACCUAUAUUUUCACCAUAUCGGGUUUAAUCUAAAGCAAUAUGGAAAUCAGCAGAUGGUCCUUGAUGCACAGACACGGAACUUUGGUCUUAAAAUGGAUUCAGACCAGCAUUUUGAGAUUAUUGAGAAAAUGGAUGAAAGUGAAGUAUUCUGGGAAAUGACUUAUCUCAAAAACCCAGUAGGAAGUGAAAUUGAGCACUCUCUCAAUCUCACUAUUAAUCCAAUAAAGAUGAUUUAUGAAGGAUCUUUUAUCAAAACUCUGGUGAAAUUUUUCAAAAAUGAGACUGAUCUUCAAAUAAAGGAACAAGCUACUGAAAAAUGGGCAGACUUCAAGGAUGGUGCCGGAGCACAGAUUCAAGAAUCUAUUAAAGCAGGAGGGAAAGAAAUAAAAAUAUGAAUUUAUAGUCCUAUUCUUCUAAUCCCACUAAUCAAGAAUGAUCCUAACUCUGAAAUGUGGGCUAUUAAUCUUGGUAAUUUUGUACUAGAGAGUGAGACACCACAAGACCAAUAUGAAUGUUACACAUUUAGGAUCAGCUCAAUGAUGAUGAAAUUCUAUAAAAAUUAUGAAACUUGGGCUGAGAUUGAACGAGAAGCUAUAAAUCAAAGAAAACUUCUGAAAGAUAGUGAAAACUUAUAUUACUCUGGUAGUAGAGGUUCUUUAUCCAGCCAAUCUUCGAAUAUAAAACUCGAUCAUGACCACUUCACUCUUCUUGAAGAAUUCCAAAUAGGAAGUAAGCUUGCAGUGAACACAGGUCACACAACACCAGUAGGAAGAGGUGAAGUAGAGAUUAUUGCCAAGAUCUCUCCUGUAAAAUUCAACCUUAACGAUGAAAUCUACAAUCAUGUAGUCAACAUCCACAGAUGUUUCGCCUACGAAGACCCUGAAGAGAUCGUCCAAGGGAUGAUCCUUGAGAAAGAGAAAGUUAUGAAGAAGGCUAAGCUUAUCUCCAUAGUAAAGAAGAGAGGGUCAAACAUCAAAAUUUUUGCCAAAAGAUAUGCCAUCAUCUCUGGAAAUUAUGUUUAUUUCUACAGAGAGACAAGCGACUUGCUAGAAGAAGACAACAUGUUCCUCAAAGAUGCAGUCAUUUUGGAUAUCUCUGAUAAGGUUGGAGAGAAACAUGCUUUAGAGAUCAAAAGCAAAUUUGGAGAAGUCAUAAUGGCUUUUAAUACUAAGCAAGAUAAGGAUAAGUGGAGAUGACAAAUCCAGAAAAUCACUAUUGAGCUAAAUACUGAUGGAGAGAAUCGAGAAGAAGUUGCUCUGAAGGAAAUUGAACAAAAGCAGAAGGAAAUUAAUGCUAAGUUGUUUUAUUUUGAUGCUAAAUGUCCAAAACUCAAGGCUACGUGGUAUGAAGCAGAUGGAGCUUCCUGGAUGUCAGCACAUAUAAACGACGUCAAAUUUAAAAUUAACAAACCAGUUGAUGGUGUUGGGGUUUAUCUCGGAGCAGGAAGUGGCCAAGUCUAUUAUCAUUCUGAUAUACCAAACUUGGAUAUCGUUCUCACAAGUCAAAAGCCACAGACAUCUUCCAAUAACUUCCUCGAAGUCGAUGUCCAGCUCAAUGAAAAUCCUCAGAAUCCUCAGGGAGAUGAGAUUCGUGUUGAUUUAAAAGUAGGAUACCUCAAAAUGAACUACUACCCUCCCUUUAUCAACAAUGCUAUAAGAAGAUUCCGAAAAGUCAAGUACAUUUACGAAUGAGAUGAAGAAAAGAUAAAGCUUGGCUACAAAGAUAGAAUUCAGGCAAUAGAAUCUCAGAUUAUUAAGCAAGCUUGCAAAUCUGAAGAUAUUGCUGAUAUCGCUAAUGAAUUUAUAAAGAAUGGCAAGGCAGUUGGCUCUUCUCACAAUUGAGAGAAGUUUCCUUUCCCUUAUAUUAUUGUAAGAGUUGCUCUAUUAGAGGUUGAGGGAGACUUUCUUCACCAUCUUUAUGCAACUCCUUUCGCAAAGAUAACUAUUGGAGAAACCAAAAUGGACUUUGACAUGUAUGUUGACUAUGAUGAACUUAAAGGAUCUCUCGGAGGAAUCCGGCUAUAUGAUCUUACCAAUUAUCCUUACACUUUAGAUCCAAGGGAUGCUAAAACUAUGAGUGAGAAAGCAGAGAAAUUUGAAAUUAUUGGUCUAAGAAACUCAGAGGAGAAGAAUACAUUAUCAUUUGAAUGACAAUUUUUCACAGAUCUGUGUCCAAAGAAGCCAGAGAAGAGAAAGAGCAAAAUCAAACUCUAUGUUGCAUCUAUCAACUACGUCCUACAGUUUGACUACCUCAUGAGGUUUAAGGAUUACUUUUUCGACAGAUUUCUUGAAAGCGUAACUGAUACAAAUCCUUACGAAGAAGACUUAGUUAAGGAGAAUAUUGAUGAAAAAUUAAUCAAGUUCAAUGACUCACAACAAGUCAGCGAUUUUGAUCUCAAACAAGAGGAUGAAAUCAUUGAUCUCCAUGUUGAAGUCAAAAAUCCUUGAAUCAUCUUACGUGCAAGAAAUCACUAUAAAGAAGAAUUUAGCAUCUUUUUAGGUAAUAUACACGUCACUUCUGAGAUGAUCACUGAAAAGGGAAAAUGGCAUAUGGAUCCUUACAAAACUGUCAGGUUAUGUUCCUUUCAGAUAGGAAUUGAAGAGACAACUUUAUACCACUGAGAUGGGGAAAUUGGGUCUUGAAAAUUCUUCUUUGUAAAUUUCAAACAGCUAUUACAAUCAGAUACUCUUGAGUAUAUUGAUCCUCUUGCUUUAAACAAAUCAUUAUGACUAGAUCUUGAGUUCAGUCCAAUCGAUGUCAAAAUAUCAAAGAGGCAAUUUACAUAUUUAAUGAAAUGACUUGAUUUAAACAUUAAUUAUGAUGAUGGAAUGAAGGAUCUAUAUGACUUUAAGCUAAAGAAAGAUUUUAUUGAAAACAAUCCAAUACAAGAAGAUCAUAAAAUAAUGGCAAUCAAGAUUAAAAUGCCAUGCAUCUCUCUCAGUUGCUAUUUCUUGAAAGAAUUCCUUGCAGAGAUUGUCUGUCAGGACUUUAAAAUUGAUAUCGAUAGGUUUGUGAGUACCAAAAACCUAUUUGACCUCUCAGCAUCUGCAAUUUGGGCCUUUGGUGAGGAGUCAAAAGAGACUGGGCAUAAACAAGUCAUUAUUGGCCCUUAUGGAUGAAGUAACUCUGUUUAUACUGAUGAAUCAUUCUAUAAAUUUGAUAAGAGUAAUGCAGAAUUAAAGAAAAUCAGCCUAGAUCAGAAGGUGAUUAAAUGAAUGAACACUAUUGUAAAAAUGCAUAAUGGAGAGAAAGAAAUUACUACUGAGCUACAAGAGCUCAAGUGAUUCACUAAGAUUCAUAUUUUUAUGCUUCUAUUUCAUUUCUUCACUGAGGGAUUGCCAAAAUAUGACCCCAAUGAUAGAGACCUUCCAAAUCAAUUUGAUGACGAUGUUGAAAAUGCCCCAAGACUCUCCUUUGAGCUAAACUUGAAUAAAUCUUUGAUCUGUUUGGACGAUCUUAAAAAUGUAAUCGCGAUAAAUCUUGACUUAUGCUUUGUUUACAACAGAUACCACAUAAAAUCUUUGAAAAACGACUUACUAAAUCAGAUUUUAUCAAAAACAAAUACUCAAGGAAAUAGUCAUAUUGCUAAAAGCAUCAGAUUUAACAUCACUAACUGCAAUCCUUACUUCUGCAAAUACGAAGAUCUUGCAGGGGAUAUAAAGUGGAAAAAGAUCAAGAAGAGGGAAAUUAUCAAGCCAUUCGCAUUAUGAUACUCUUCAAAAACACUCUUAGAACGCUAUGAGACUGAUAGCUUCAGAUACAACCUCAGCACGGACAUUCUUGUGGAGCCUGUGGCUAUCAACAUGUCCAUAAACCAGAUAGUCAGUUUGUAUUCCAUGAUCCAAAAUACUUCAAGUAUUCUAAAAGAGAAGUACACUGAUAAGAUUAAGAAAGAUAUUCAUUACAGCCAAGAGCCAGCCUCAAGCAGCUCCCACGAGUCAAAGGAAUCCUUGUUUGGCAACAGCCAGAUUUUUGAAAGAACAGGGAUUUUUAAGGAGACGUACGAAGUCUUCGCAAACAGGUACAAUAAAGUUCCAAAUAAGAAGAUCACUGACCAGACUAAUGUAGCAGAUCAAGAAGAGGAUAAACUUGCCGUUGCUUCUAAAGCUGAAAAUGCUAACAUGGCAAAAAGUAAAAAUGAUCCUGAGUACUUCGAUCAAGAGUUAGAAGAGGUUAAAUUCUCACCUGAAGAGGAGAAUAAUAUUGGAAAAGAUACCUUCACCUUCUUUUUACAAGGCCUUGAUAUUUUCUUCAUCAAUGAUCACGGAGAUAAUUCAUACCCAGUGAUUUGCUGAAGUCUCAAAGAUACAAACUAUAGCAAGGAAAAUCUUAAAGACGGAAGCUUCCAAUCCCAAGCAUUAGUAGACGCUUCUUUCGAUUACUACAACAUCAAAACAUGUUAUUGGGAGCCUUUCAUUGAAGGGUUAGAGAUUGAAUUUCAGUAUGACAAGCAACUUACAAACAGUGUCAUCCAAGUCAAAGGAAAAGACUCUCUUAAUCUGAAUAUCUCACCAGACUUUGUGACAAUUAUCACCAAUUUCAAGAAGUCAUGGGAUAAAGCUAAUCGAGACUUCCACCUACAGUUCCCAAAGAAGGAAGAGUUGAAGAAAGAUUUACUUCCAGAAGAAGCUAAAGAAGCUAUUUCCGAAGAAUUCUCCUCAGGGAGUAAAGACUCUUUAUCAGAUUUUAUCGAGUCCCAGAAUGCAGUGGAAUCUGCAACACCUUACAAAAUUGAGAAUUAUACAGGAAGUAUGCUCUUUGUUGAAACUCUGUUUGAUAAGAAGAAAGACAAGUAUAUUCUGAAGGACUGUACCACUACAAAGAUCGCCAUUAGUUAUGAAAAGCAGACUAUUAAGAACUACAGUAUUGAGAGUUCAAAAAUGAAUGAUAAUGUUAAGAUUCUAUUCGAAGGAAUCCACCUACCUAUAGAAAAAAUCUCUCUCAAUAAGCUCAAUACAGGAAUACACAAAUUGACAGAUAUUGAUGAAAUCAAUGACUUCAUAUUCUUUGAGACUAAGGUUGUAGAGACCAAUAAAGUGCUUACUCUGAGAACCCAAAAUCUCCUAGUUAAUUCAACACAAUUUUCUUAUGAUGUUGUCAUCAUGAACCCUACGAAUAGAAAAGAUUCAAAGCAGGUUGUCCUGAAACCUGGUGAAAAGAUCCCUUUCCCUAGCAGUAUGAAGAGCUCUAAAAUCUCUUUAAAAUAAGACAGAUGAUGAUAAUUUUUCAAACUUUAUUCCUGCCAAGAGGCUUAUUUACAACACUGCUGUCAAUUACACUAAUUAUAUCAAAUCAGGGGACACGUUUACAAUGGUAAGAAAGGAGAUUAACAAGACUCAUCAAAAAUGCUUCGAUAUACAUCUGAUUCCUCCCAUCAGGAUCAAGAAUGGUCUCCCAGUUAAAAUGACUCUAAAGCUUUUGAAUAUUGGUGAAAAAUAUGUACUUGAAAAAUCUGAAGAGAAACACCUGAAUUACUACUCUCCUGAUGAGAUAAUUCAAGUAUCUGUCAAACUUGAAGGAUAUGACGAAGAUCCAAUACAGAUUAAGUUCUUGAAGAAAUCUUAUGAUACUAGCUUUAAAUUAAGUGCCCUGGGGUCUCCCAGUUCUGUUCUCAAUCUGUACGCCAACUUCUCUGAUAGCAAAGCUGGGUGAUUUAUUACAUUUUAUGUAAAAACUUGCUUUGUGAAUGCAAGUUCCUUUCCACUAAAAAUUUUUGAUACCACAAAGAACAAAGAGGGAAUUUUCGUUCCAGGUCAAAAAUCUUGGAAAAAUAUCACCCUUGCUUCUGAUAUCGAUUCCUGAUGCUUCUUACUUGAUGAAAAGUCUGUUUCAGAAGAAAUCAAUGUUGAAGGAGGAAGUAUCAACGGGCAAUUCAGCAUUGCCAAAAAUGUGGCAAAGGAGCUCUCUGAACUUGUGUACACCACCAGGCUUUCUCUUAUUGACUUAAAUAUGCCACUUUAUACUAAAAUUAUCACAAUUUUGCCAAAAUAUGUGAUCAUCAAUAAAACUGAUAAGAAAUUGCUUCUCACGCAGAAGGGGCUAGAACAGGAUUUCACUAUCAUCGAUAGUCGCUCUCGAGAAAUCUUUUCCUGGCUCGAAGCUAAAGCUGAAAAGAAAGCAUUAAUCAAAAUGUUAGACAGUUCAACAGAAGACCCUCUCAAAGAGUGGAAGUGGAGUUCUCCCUUUAUUCUUGAAGAAAUGGGGACUACAAGUGUGAGAAACCUGAAUGCUAACAAACCUGGGUAUUAUUUCUACUGGAAGAUCGACAGAUGAAUUCAAAAUAGCAUCAUUUUCAUUACCAUCCAAGAGGAGGAAGAUAGGUUCCCUCUUUAUAAAAUUGAGAACAAAGCAAGAGAUGUGAUCCUUAAAUACAGACAGAAAGGAGCAAAGACUUAUGAAUUCUGUCAAUUUGAGGAAUCUAAGAGAUUUGCAUGGGACAAGCUCUACGAUAAACACAAAGUUGAUGUAGAGGCAUGGAUCGAAAGUAAAGAAAAGAAAACGAGACUCUGAAGAAUCGAGGUCGAGUUCGACGUCAUGGAGAAAUCUGAUGAGCAUCGGUAUGACCUUAGAAAUAUGUUCAGCGAUGAGGAGAUUGAGGAUAACGGAUUUACAGAUGUUGGUAGAGUCUUAAACUACCGUACUCAUACUAAUGGAUAUACAAAAUGUCUUGUCUUUGAUGAUACAAUAAUAAUGGAGGAAGAAGACGAAACUGAGUACAAUACUCCUGAUCUUAUUGUAAAUCUUGAACUUGAAGGGCUUGGAAUUUCUCUCAUUAGCGAUGGAAAUCCAGACACAGUCAACGAAAGGAGAGAGGUUCUUUACUGAAGUUUAAAAGAUAUCCAAGCUAUUCUAAUUGAUUUCAAGACUGAAAGGAAGAUUCAAUUGAGAGUUUCAAACAUGCAAUUUGAUAAUCAAUUUUCUAUCGAGACUGCUUAUCCUGUGACUCUGUUCAGUCAGAAAAGUAAGAUGAACAAAGAUAAAGAAGUUGAGCUUUCUCAACCUUUCUUCAACUUAAAUAUUGUCUAUUGUAAAGAUAUCCCUGAUGUAGUUUUCUUCAAGAAGAUUGAAUUCCUGAUUCAAAGGAUCAUCAUUUGUGUGGAUGGUCAGCUGAUGAUGAACAUGUUUUUCCUCUUGAAUUCAAUCAUGGAUACAACAAAAACCACCUUUACUGGAAUCAGUGAGAUCUUUGUUGAUUGAUAUGACGAAAAUACAGAGACUAUGAGAUUAUCAAUCACUCAAGGAGAAGGUACAACUCAGAAAGUAGCUAGAAGCUUGAUAAACAAGGUUCCUGAUUGGAAGACAGAGGACUUAGUAGGAGCUAACCAGCAUGUAUAUGUUAAGCAAUACAAUUCUUCACCUUUGGAUUUGAUCAUUUCUUUCUUCCCAGCAAUGCAACAGACAGAGGGGAAUGUUGGUUUUAAGAACUUUUUGAGCAGAUUUGGAGUGGUACUUACAACCAUUGAAAAUGCUCCAAUUAACAUUAAUGCUGUUGAGGUAAGAGACAUGGUUGGAAACCUUAAUGAUAUAAUCUAUGUGCUCAAAGACAGGUACAUGAGUAGGUUAAAGACAAAUUUAUUCAGAGUCUUAGGAGCAUCUAACCUUAUUGGCAACCCAAUUCAGCUAGUUAACAAUGUAUCUACAGGAUUUAGAGACUUUUUCUACAAGCCUGUUGAAGGAUUUGUUGAAGGACCUCUUGAAGGAGGAAAGGGAAUUGCUAAAGGAACAAAGUCUUUGUUACAGCAUACUGUGAAAGGAACUUUCAGCAGUGCCUCAGGAAUAUUUGGUUCACUCUCAAAAGGAGCACUUAUUAUCGCAAAUGAUAAGGACUAUAUGAAUGAUAGAGAGAAAAACGCUCAUAAUGAGAAACCCAAGAAUACUAUUGAAGGCAUUGGAAUGGGGCUGAGUAGUGCAGCAAAAUCAUUUGGCUCAGGUGUCACUGGAAUCUGGAAAAUGCCAACAAAAGGAGCCAAGAGUAAAGGUAUUAAAGGGUUCUUUUCAGGAACUCUUAAAGGAGUGACUGGACUUGUGGCUAAACCAGUAGCAGGAGCAAUGGAUUUUGUCUCAAAAACUUCUGAAGGAAUUAAAAAUCAUGCAACGAAUGAAGAUGAGAAAAUAUUUAAUAAGGAAAGAUUAAGGCUUCCUCGUGUGUUCUACUCAAAAGAGAGAAUAUAUAAGCCGUUUGAUUUUCUUCAUUCUUUUGCUUUUGCUUACUUAUUCAAAAACAAAAGGUUAACAAUGAGUGAUCCAUUUGUCGAUGCGAAUAUAGUGUCUAGAGACCCGAUACAAAUUCUUGUUCUUUUUGAAAAAAAAAUGUUUAAGAUUAAGACAAGCAAUGAAGCAGUCAACAAAUCCCACUCUAGCACAGAAUUGAUGAAUGAAAAAGGUGUCAGCAUGUGUAUCCCUCUCCAGUGCUUGAAAAAGGUUGAAAAACAAAAAGGAAUGCUUGUCUUAACCGUAGAAAACACUAACCGCAAACUCUCCAAAAUCAAGAUCGAAAUCGAAUCCUCCAAAGUCCAGGACAAAAUCUACAGCCAAAUUCACGAAAUUUACAGCUAACUCUAAACAUCCACAAUUUCAAUUUCCA